CGAUCACAUAACAUGGAGAAGCUCAAGACUCUACUAGUUGCCAAUCGUGGUGAGAUCGCAGUUCGCAUCAUCCGAACAGCGAAAGCUCUGGGUAUCCAAACAAUUUCAAUUUACUCCACUGCAGAUGCAGCAUCGAGCCAUGUAACAGCCGCAGACGAAGCUGUCUUGCUCUCAGGCAGUGAUUCCACAGUCUAUACCGAUGGCGAAAACAUCAUUUCUAUAGCAAAGGAAAAAGGUGUCGAUGCAAUCAUACCAGGAUAUGGCUUCUUGUCCGAGAAUGCCGAGUUUGCUAGACAAGUCGCAGAUGCUGGUAUGGUCUGGGUAGGUCCCAGCCCAGAGGCAAUCGAAGCAUUUGGUGUCAAACAUGUUGCUCGAGAACUGGCCGAAAAGGCUGGCGUGCCAAUCGUACCCGGCACCAAGGGACUUGUGGAGAGCGCUGAAGAUGCUGUGAAGGCUUCUGAGAAACUCGGCUUUCCAGUCAUGCUGAAAGCCACUGGAGGAGGUGGUGGCAUGGGCUUAGUUACUUGUCACAGUGCCGAUGAGGUCCGCUUCGGCUUCGAUAAAGUGCAGUCGCGUGGCAAGACGCUGUUCAAGAAUGCUGGUUUGUUCAUCGAGAAGUACUACGCGGCGUCUCGUCAUAUCGAGGUGCAGGUCUUUGGUAAUGGCCAAGGAUCAGCAAUUCACUUCGGCGAGAGGGAGUGCUCUAUUCAACGCCGACACCAGAAAGUCAUCGAAGAGUGUCCCAGUCCUUUCGUGGAAAAACACACUGGCAUGAGGAAGAAGCUUGGUGAUGCGGCUGUUAGUCUCGCAGAGUCGAUCAAGUAUGGCUCUGCUGGAACAGUUGAAUACUUGGUCGACGACGAAUCUGGCGACUACUUCUUUUUGGAAAUGAACACCAGACUACAGGUCGAGCAUGGAAUCACUGAACUCUGCUAUGAUGUUGAUCUGGUAGAGCUCAUGCUCCAGCAGGCCGAUGCACAGCUCAGCGGUCUGGGCGGCCUGGAAGCAGGCCACCUCAAGCAGAUGCAGCCCUCGUCACCGAAGGGCGCCGCUAUCGAAGCAAGAGUCUAUGCAGAGAAUCCUGUACGCGACUUUGCGCCAUCACCUGGUCUGCUACAAUCAGUAAUUUGGCCAGAGCAACAAAACGAACAUAUUCGAAUUGAUACAUGGGUAUUCACGGGAGCUACUAUCACGCCCAACUAUGAUCCACUGAUAGCAAAAGUCAUGUUCCAUGGGUCUUCGAGGGAGGAGGCACGUCAAGGAAUGCAAGCUCUUCUGUCGUCCUCCAAGAUCUGUGGUCCGCCCACCAACCUUGAAUUCUUGCACGAUAUCAUUCGGGAUGACGAAUUCAAGAUCGGGAACACCUUGACGAACUUUCUAGACUCAUUCGAGUUCCGACCAUCUGCUAUCGAUGUGAUCUCAGCAGGUGCCUACACGCUCAUACAGGAUCUGCCUGCCCGGCCAACAGUCGGCAAGGGUAUCCCGCACUCUGGUGCAAUGGACCCAAUCGCAUUCUCGCUCGCAAACAUCCUUGUCGGAAACGAGCCGACCAAGGAAGCUCUGGAAAUUACUCUCAGUGGUCCCGAGUUACGGUUUAUACGUUCGGCAGUAGUGGCACUGACUGGAGCUCCAAUGGAGGCUGAGCUUGACGGACAGCCGUUCCGCAUGUGGCAACGGCAAUACAUCAAGGCCGGGCAGAAGCUCAAAAUUGGAAAGACAACAGGCUCUGGAUGUAGAUCUUAUCUGGCCGUAUGGGGAGGCUUCCCUGCUGUUGCAGAGUACUUUGGCUCAAAAUCGACCUCUCCAAUCGUGGCGAUCGGUGGCUAUCAGGGACGACAGCUUGCACCAGGAGACCUGCUAGCUAUCGCUGGCCACGUUCCUGGUCAUGUAUCGAAUUUAAUCGCUAGCUUGCCCGAGAGACUCGUGCCUGUCUACACUAAUGAGUGGGAGGUCAUGGCUAUGGUUGGACCCCACGACAUUGGCUAUCUCCUACCCGAAGAUAUUGAAAUGGUCUACGAUACAACUUGGAAGGUCUCACAUAACGCCAGUCGUAGUGCUAUCAGACUGAUCGGACCUGUGCCAAAGUGGGCAAGGAAAGAUGGUGGCGAGGGCGGCGCCCAUCCCUCCAAUCUUGUUGAGUACGGCUAUCCCAUUGGAGCACUCAAUUGGACUGGUGAUGAUCCAUGCAUUUUCCCGGUAGAUUGUCCCAACUUCGGUGGCUUUGUAUCAAGUACAACUGUCGUUCGCGCUGAAUGGUGGAAACUGGGUCAGCUGAAGUCGGGAGAUACCUUGAAGUACAAGAGAGUAUCUUUGGAAGAGGCGCUUUCUUUGCGCAGGCAAAACGACCACUUCAUUGAGUCUGUCGAGAAGGCCGUGCAGAACAAUAUGAACUUCGACGACAUCGAUUCUCUCAGCUCUACAUUCGAGCCAUCUGGUGACUUUGGCAGCGCCAUAGUCUGGGAAAGACCUCAGCAGGGUCGUCAGCCUCAAGUCAGAUACCGACAAGGUGGUGAUGAUCAUAUCAUUGUCGAGUAUGGCAACGAGGAGUUUGACUUAAAUCAUCGUUGCAGAACAACAGCACUCGAGAAAGCCAUUCGUUCGCCCAACCCUGAUUGGCUGAAUAACACCGUGUCUUGCUGCACCAGUGUGACGCUCUUCUACAAUGGCUUGAAGAUCGAGAGGCGGAGACUGGUAGCACAUCUUCAAGGUCUGGAAGAUGAACUGGGUGAUCUCAGCUCCGUCAAGGUACCUUGUAGAAAGUUUCACCUUCCGCUUUCAUUUGAGUCAAAGGCCCAGGAGGAAGCGACGAAGAGGUACAUGGAGACGCAACGACCGCAUGCGCCAUACCUACCGAGCAACUUCGAUUUCGUCGCUAAGAACAACGCCUUCACGUCGGACCAGUUGCGAGACAUCUUUCUCACUGGCCAAUUCAUGGCUGUUGUGGUCGGUUUCUAUGCAGGUAAUACGGUGUCACUGCCUGUCGAUCCUCGUCAGCGCAUGCAGUGUCCAAAAGCCAAUCCCAGUCGAGUAUUCACACCUGAAGGUACUGUCAGUUGGGGCGGGUCUUGCAUGUCAAUCUAUCCAGUCGAUAGUCCUGGAGGCUAUCAGAUGACUGGGCGUACAAUCCCCAUCUUCGAUGCUUUGGGUUGGAAGGAUGGUUUCUCACCCUCACGCCCAUAUCUGUUCCAAGAUUUCGACCUAUUGACUUACUAUCGAGUCAGCGAGGAAGAACUCGAUGUUAUGCUUGCAGACUUCCGCAGUGGUAGAUACAAGUUCGAGUGGGAAGAGAUUGAGUUCGACAUGGCCGAGCACAACAGAUUAAAGUCAGAUACAGCGAAAGAAGUCGAGAAAAUCAGAGCCGAACAAGCCGUCGCACAAGCUGAGAUGACAAAGGCGGAGAACGAAAGUUUAGCCCAGUGGAGAGAAGAGAAGGCAAAGAAUAGGGUCGACGAUAGCACUAUCGAGUCCAUGUUGGCCGAUCCCAAAUAUACGACGAUUGACUCACCUGUAGCGGCCAAUGUUUGGAAGAUCCAAGUCGAACAAGGACAAAUUGUCAAAUCAAAUCAGGCAAUAGCAAUUCUCGAAGCAAUGAAGUUGGAGAUUGCAGUCAACGCUCCAGGUGACCAGAAAGCUGCAAAGGUGGAAAGAUUAUUGGUCGCUCCUGGCGAGACUGUCAAUGCAGGAGCCAGGAUUGCGCUGUUGAAGUUCGAAGAGUGAACUUUAGUGAAGUCGAUGGCUAGAUGUUAUUAGCAUUGCGUCUAAGCUCCUGUACAUUUCAGUAGAACCAGACCUAUUCACGUAGAUAUCACCUGCUUAAUUGGUAAGAUUGCACCGAAGGAUCAGCUUAUCUUCAGCCUCCCGUAUAGCCGUUACAACCCCGCUAUCAUCUAUAUAGCAAGGCAACAACACAGCUUCAUCCG